GAAGUCUGUUGUGAUGUCUGGAAGAGGAAAAGGCGGUAAAGGACUGGGUAAAGGAGGCGCUAAGCGUCACCGAAAGGUUCUUCGUGAUAACAUUCAGGGAAUCACUAAACCAGCAAUUCGUCGUCUUGCUCGCCGUGGCGGUGUCAAGCGUAUUUCCGGGUUGAUCUAUGAGGAGACCCGCGGUGUGUUGAAGGUGUUUCUGGAGAACGUUAUUCGUGAUGCUGUGACUUACACUGAACACGCUAAAAGAAAGACCGUUACCGCCAUGGAUGUUGUAUAUGCUCUGAAACGACAGGGACGCACUCUGUAUGGUUUCGGAGGUUAAGCGAUUUCUGAAAAGACAAACCACCAACGGCUCUUUUAAGAGCCACCCACGCUUUCGUGCAAAGAGCAAGCUUCUUCCAACUUGUAAAACUGAUUUAAAUCAUGUGAAGUUAACGUUAAAACGCAGUGGAGAGUUGGUCAUCUGGAAUGCCUUCUGAGCAAUGUGGUUUUAUGUAAAAGAAUUGCAGUAUAGUUGAUUUUCUGUAAAAUUCAUAAUUCGCUUAGAUAAACACCUACGCGGUUUUUUAAAUCCUGUUUUGAUUCACCGCAACAGUCCACAGUGCAUUUGUAAACUGCCCUUACAUGUAAGUGAAACUUCAUCAGUGCAAAGAUGAAGUUCUGUGAUAUCAUUUGUGGUAAAUUCUACAAUAUGUUCUAUUUGCAUUUAUUGAGGUA